AUGGAGCGCGGGGCGGCGGCGGUGGCGUGCACGCUGCUGCUGGCUUUUGCCGCCUGCCCGGCUCCGGCCAGUGGCCAAGAAUGUGACAGUGAACAUUUUCGCUGUGAAAAUGGACAAUGUAUCCAUGCAAUGUGGAGGUGUGAUGGGACCAGAGACUGCUUGGAUGACACAGAUGAAGUUGGCUGCCCUCCCCCUUCUUGCAAGUCAUACCAAUUCCUGUGUCAGGCUGAAGGUGUAUGCCUCCCUAACAUGUGGGAGUGUGACGGUGAGGAGGACUGUGAGGAUGGCUCCGAUGAACAUCAGCAUUGCCCUGGGAGAACAUGCUCAAGCCAUCAGAUUACAUGCUCCAACGGUGAAUGUAUCCCAUCAGAAUACAGGUGUGACCACAUCAGAGACUGCUCAGAUGGAACCGAUGAGAACAAUUGCCAAUACCCAACAUGUGAACAGCUUACCUGUGCCAAUGGAGCCUGCUAUAACAGCAGUCAGAAAUGUGAUGGGAGAAUUGACUGCCGAGACUCUUCUGAUGAAAGCAAUUGCACUCAGCAAUGUUCACAGCACGAGUUCCAGUGUGACAUUGGGGUGUGCAUCCCUCGUAUCUAUGUCUGUGACCAUUUCCCUGAUUGCGAAGACGGCGGUGAUGAACGUUCUUGCGCCUAUGAGCCCUGCAGAGGCAACCAGUUCACUUGCUCCAAUGGCUACUGCAUUAGUCAAGAUAUGGUUUGUGAUGGAGAGAAUGACUGCAGAGAUAAUGGAGAUGAAAAUGGAUGUGAGAGCAGUCCUCAUGUUCAUGAAUGUUACCCAGGCCAAUGGGCUUGUCCAGAGUCUGGAAAAUGCAUCUCAGUUACAAAGAUUUGUGAUGGGACUUUAGAUUGUCCAGGAGGAGAAGAUGAAAGUAACAGUACUAAAGGACAACAUUGUGAUGCGACUUUGUGUUCUGAAUUGAGCUGUGAGUACCAUUGCCGCAGGUCACCAACUGGAGGGCUAUGUUAUUGUCCCCUAGGUCUUAUUGUUGACAAAAAUGACCCCCGUGACUGUGUUGCUUUUAAUGAGUGCCAGAUAUGGGGAAUUUGUGACCAGAUGUGUGAAGACCGACAUGACCAUCACCAGUGCCGCUGCGAGGAAGGGUAUGUCUUGGAGCAUCAGCGACACUGCAAAGCUAAUACUUCCUCUGGGCAGGCCUCUGUUAUCUUCUCCAAUGGUCGGGAUUUGCUAACUGGUGAUAUUCAUGGAAGGACCAUUUCGAUGCUCAUGCAGUCUCAAAAACGUGGAGUGGUUGUGGGUGUGGAUUUUCACUAUCAGCUACACAAAGUCUUUUGGACAGACACUGUGCAAGAUAAGGUUUUUUCGGUUGACCUUGAUGACUACCAUAUUGAAGAAGUUGUUUCUCUUGAUGAUCCAGAGAAUCUGGCUGUAGACUGGGUUAAUAAUAAACUUUAUUUAGUAGAGACCAAGGUCAGCCGCAUAGACAUGGUAAAUAUAUAUGGAAGCCACCGGGUUGUCCUCAUAACUGAAAACCUGGGGCAUCCUCGAGGAAUUGCCGUGGACCCUACAGUUGGUUAUUUAUUUUUCUCAGAUUGGGAGAGCCUCUCUGGGGAACCUAAGGUGGAAAGGGCUUUCAUGGAUGGCACCAACCGUAAAGACUUGGUGAAAACAAAACUGGGAUGGCCUGCUGGGAUAACCCUGGAUAUAGUAUUAAAGCGUGUUUACUGGGUGGACUGCCGGUUUGAUUACAUUGAGACUGUAACUUAUGAUGGAACUCAAAGGAAGACAGUAGUCCACGGAGGCUCUCUCAUUCCUCAUCCCUUUGGAAUAAGCUUGUUUGAAGAUCAGGUAUACUUUACUGAUUGGACAAAGAUGGCUGUAAUGAAGGCAAACAAGUUUAAGGAGACCAAUCCACAAGUGUACCACCAGGCCUCCCUGAGGCCCUUUGGAGUGACUAUUUACCAUUCCCUCAGGCAGCCUUAUGUUAGCAAUCCAUGUGGAAAUAACAAUGGGGGCUGUGAACAGAUCUGUGUCCUCAGCCACAGAACAGACAAUGAUGGUUUGGGUUACCGCUGCAAGUGCACAUUCGGCUUCAGUCUGGAUGUGGAUAACCGCCACUGUGUUGCUGUUAAGCAAUUCCUGAUCUUUUCAUCUGAGGUGGCUGUUCGUGGCAUCCCCUUCAACCUGUCUACCCAGGAAGAUGUCAUAGUUCCAGUGUCAGGAAGUCCUUCUUUCUUCGUUGGUGUUGAUUUUGAUGCCCAGGAGAACACUAUCUUUUUUUCAGAUACAUCAAAAGACAUGAUUUUUAAACAAAAUAUCAACGGCACAGGAAGAGAAAUUCUCACAGCCAACAGGGUGGAAAGUGUUGAAAGUUUGACUUUUGAUUGGAUUUCAAAGAACCUUUAUUGGACAGAUGCUACUUACAGGAGUAUCAGUGUCAUGAGGCUAGCUGAUAAAUCGAGACGUGCAAUAAUCCGGAAUUUAAAUAACCCACGAUCAAUUGUUGUUCAUCCUAUUGCUGGUUACAUAUUCUUCACUGACUGGUUCCGUCCUGCUAAAAUUAUGAGAGCAUGGAGUGAUGGAUCUAACCUUUUGCCUAUAGUAAACACUACUCUUGGAUGGCCCAAUGGGUUGGCCAUUGAUUGGGGUGCUUUACGGUUGUACUGGGUAGAUGCCUUUUUUGAUAAAAUUGAGCACAGCACCUUUGAUGGCUUAGACAGAAGAAACCUGGGCCAUAUACAGCAGAUGACACAUCCAUUUGGACUUACUGUCUUUGGAGACUAUGUGUUUUUUACUGACUGGAGACUGGGUGCUAUCGUUCGAGUGAGGAAAAUGGAUGGUGGAGACGUAACAGUUAUCCGAAGUGGCAUCACUCAUAUAAUGCAUGUGAAAUCAUAUGAUGCCAACACUCAGACUGGUUCUAACUACUGCAAUCGACCCACACAUCCAAAUGGUGACUGUAGCCACUUCUGCUUCCCAGUGCCAAAUUUCCAGCGGGUGUGUGGUUGUCCCUAUGGGAUGAAUUUGAGUUCUAAUCACUUGACAUGCCAGGAAGACCCGUCCCAUGAACCACCCCUGGAGCAGUGUGGCGCCCUCUCCUUUCUGUGUAGCAACGGCAAAUGUGUGCCCAGUCACUACCGCUGUGAUGGAGUAGAUGACUGUCAUGAUAAUAGCGAUGAGCACCUAUGUGGCCUAUUUAAUAAUUCCUGUGCACCUUCAGCAUUCUCCUGUGCCCAUGGAGAGUGCAUCCCUGGACACUGGAAGUGUGACAAGCAGAAUGACUGUCUUGAUGGCGGUGAUGAGCAGAACUGUCCCUCCCAGGCACCCACUUCCUGCCCUGCAUCCUUAUUCACCUGUGAUAAUAAUCUGUGUAUCCCAAGGAGCUGGCUUUGUGACACAGAUAAUGAUUGUGCAGAUGGAUCCGAUGAGAAGAAUUGUCAAUUUACAGAGACAUGCCUACCAAGUCAGUUUCGUUGCCCUGAUCACCGAUGUAUUGACCUAUCUUUUGUCUGUGAUGGGGACAAGGACUGUGUUGAUGGAUCUGAUGAAAAUGGUUGUGUAAUCAAUUGCACUACUUCUCAAUUCAAAUGUGAGAGUGAAGGUCGGUGUAUUAGCAUCAUAUAUCGUUGUGAUGGUGUUUUUGACUGCAGUGACCACUCUGAUGAGGUAGACUGUUCAACUAGGCCUCCUGGGAUGUGCCAUCCAGAUGAAUUUCAGUGCCAGGCUGAUGGUGUCUGCAUCCCGAAGAGCUGGGAGUGUGAUGGGCACCCAGACUGCAUCUCUGGAUCAGAUGAGCACCGCGGCUGUGCCCCCAAGACCUGCCCUUCAACUCGCUUUCUGUGUGAUAAUGGGAACUGCAUCCACAAAGACUGGCUCUGUGAUGGGGACAAUGACUGCAGGGAUAUGAGUGAUGAGAAAGACUGCCCUACUCAGGCCUUUCACUGUUCCAGUUGGCAAUGGCAAUGCCCUGGCCAUAGCAUCUGUGUGAAUCUGAGUGCAGUGUGUGAUGGCAUCUUUAAUUGCCCCAAUGGGACAGAUGAAUCCCCACUUUGCAACCAGGAGAGCUGCUCAGAUUCCAAUGGUGGUUGUACUCACCUGUGUAUUCAGGGACCCUUUGGGGCUCAAUGCUCAUGCCCAUCAGGAUACCUCCUUGCCAAUGACUCUAAGACCUGUGAAGACAUAAAUGAAUGUGAUGUUCCAGGCUAUUGUAGUCAGCAUUGUUACAAUAUGAGAGGUUCUUUCCGGUGCUGGUGUGAUAAAGAAUACACGUUAGACACUAAUGGAAGGACUUGCAAAGUUACAGCAUCCGAAAGUUUGUUGCUACUUGUGGCAAGUCGGAACCAAAUUGUUGCUGACAAUAUUACUUCCCAGGUUCACACUAUCUCUUCAAUUGUCCAGAAUGGUUCUCACAUCGUAGCUAUUGAUUUUGAUUCAAUCAGCGACCGUGUCUUUUGGUCUGAUGGAGGUCAGGGUAAAAUCUGGAGUGCAUUUCAAAAUGGAACAGAUAGAAGAGUGAUACUUAACAGCGGUGUCACUAUGACUGAAAGUAUGGUGGUAGAUUGGGUAGGUCGCAAUCUUUAUUGGACAGAUUAUGCUUUGGAAACAAUUGAAGUAUCUAAACUGGACGGGAGUCACAGGACUGUGCUGAUUUGUAGUAAUGUAUCAAAUCCAAGGGGACUGGCGUUAGAUCCCAGAAUUAGUGACCGUUUAAUGUUUUGGUCUGACUGGGGCCAUCACCCUCGUAUUGAACGAGCCAGCAUGGAUGGCAGUUUGCGCACUGUCAUUGUUGCUGACAAGAUUUUCUGGCCCAGUGGCAUGACUAUUGACUAUCCCAACAGACUGCUCUAUUUCAUAGACUCCUAUCUUGAUUACAUAGACUAUUGUGAUUAUAAUGGACAACAUCGGAGGCAGAUGAUAGCCAGUGAUUUGAUUCUGCGACAUCCCUAUGCCAUAACAGCCUUUGAGGACUCUGUGUACUGGACUGACCGUUCUACUAAUCAGGUUUUCCAAGCCAAUAAGUGGCAUGGUGGAAAUCUGUCAGUCAUAAUUCAUAAUAUUCAGCAGCCCCUGGGGGUUGUUGCUGUUCAUCCUGUGAAACAACCUACCAGUGAAAAUUCAUGUGCUUCUUCCCCCUGCAGCCAUCUGUGCUUGCUCUCCUCACAGAGGCCACGCCUUUAUUCUUGUGUUUGUCCUCCAGGAUGGAGUCUUUCUCAGGAUUCUGUGACUUGCUUGAAAGAUGAUCAACCUUUCUUAAUAACCAUAAGAUACAAUAUAAUUUUCGGAAUGUCCCUCAAUCCCGAGGUGAAGAGCAAUGAUGCUAUGGUUCCCAUAACAGGGAUACUGAAUGGUUAUGAUGCUGAAUUUGAUGACUCAGAGCAGUUCAUCUAUUGGGCUGAGAAUCCUGGUGAAAUUCACAGAGUGAAGACAGAUGGCACCGAAGGGACAGUAUUAAUUUCUCUGUCUAGGGUGGAGUCUUCCAUAAGCCUGGCCUUAGAUUGGAUAUCAAGAAACUUAUAUUACACCAAUCCUGCAACUCUGUCAAUUGAGGUUUUGAAUCUCCGAGGAGAUGUCAGAUAUAGAAAAACCCUGAUUACCAACGAUGGGACAGCUGCUGGAGUUGGUGUUCCAGUUGGCAUAACUGUUGACCCUGCUAAUGGGAAACUGUAUUGGUCGGACAAUGGUAUUCCUGCCAAGAUUGCAAGUGCUAACAUGGAUGGCAAAUCUCCAAAAGUUCUCUUCACUGGGAACCUUCAACGCCUGGAGUUUAUCACCCUUGAUAUUGAGGAGCAGAAACUCUACUGGGCUGUCACCAGCACGGGAGUGAUCGAAAGUGGAAACGUGGAUGGUACAAAUCGAAUGAUCCUGGUACACCAUCUUUCCCAUCCCUGGGGAAUUGCUGUCUAUGGUUCUUACCUUUAUUAUGCUGAUGAACACUAUGAGGUCAUUGAAAGAGUUGACAAGACCACUGGGGACAACAAAAUAGUCCUGAGAGAGAAUAUUCCAAAUUUGAGGGGUCUCCGAGUUUAUUACAGACAUAGCACAUCCUACAAUGGCUGUAGCAACAAUGUGAAUGCCUGUGAGCAGAUUUGCCUGCCUGUACCGGGAGGAUUGUUCUCAUGUGCAUGUGCCACUGGAUUGGAACUCAAUCCUGAUAAUCGGACCUGCUCUCCAUAUAGCUCUUUCCUUGUUGUUUCAAUGCUGUCUACAAUCAGAGGCUUUAGCUUGGAAAUUUCAGAUCAUUCAGAAGCCAUGGUGCCAGUGGCGGCCCAAGCAUCUAAUAAUAAUGCAAUCCGCAGAAUCAAACCUGAUGGGUCUGCUUUUACAAACAUUGUUACACAAGGAAUAGGAGAGAAUGGAAUUCGGGGAAUUGCAGUGGACUGGGUAGCAGGAAACCUUUAUUUCAUCAAUGCUUUCGAGUAUGAAACACUGAUAGAAGUUCUGCGGAUCAACACCACCUACCGCCGUAUUCUCCAUAGAGCCACAGUGGAUAGACCCAGGGAUAUUGUUGUAGACCCCAAGAACAGAUAUCUCUUCUGGGCUGACCAAGGGGAAAGCCCAAAGAUUGAACGUUCUUUUCUUGAUUGUACUAAUCGAACUGUGCUUAUAUCAGAAGGCAUCGUCACACCACGGGGCUUGGCAGUAGAUUAUAACAAUCGCUAUGUUUAUUGGGUUGAUGAUGUGUUAGAUACAAUUUCAAGGAUCGGUAUUGAGGGAGAGGUGUCUGAAACAAUUCGUAGUGGCAGUCGUUAUCCAACUCCUUAUGCCAUCACUGUUUUUGGAAAUUAUAUCAUCUGGGUAGACAGAAAUUUAAAAAAAAUCUUCCGAGCUAGCAAGGAACCAAACAGCAGUGAGUCACCAACAGUGAUAAGGGACAAUAUCAAUUGGCUAAGAGAUGUGGCCAUUUUUGACCAGAGUGUUCAGCCGCGGUCACCAGCUGAGGUCAACUACAACCCUUGCUUGGAAAAUAAUGGUGGAUGUACCCAUUUCUGCUUUGCUUUGCCUGGAUUGGAUACCCCAAAAUGUGGAUGCGCCUUUGGGACCUUAGGAAAUGAUGGCAAGAGCUGUGCCAUUCCAACAGAAAAUUUCCUUGUCUUUGCCUUGGUAAAUACCUUGAGAAGUUUACAUUUGGACCCUGAGGAUCAUAGCCCACCUUUCCAACCAAUAAGUGUGGAAAAAGUUGUUGUAGAUCUGACCUAUGAUGACAUAAGUAACAGAAUCUACUUCACACAGUCUUUAGAAUCUGAAAGUGGUCAGAUUUCAUAUGUCAAUCCAAAUUCAGAGACCAGGUCUUUCACUACCAUCAUUUCAGGUACAGGGAUUCCUGAUGGCAUUGCCUUUGACUGGAUCAAUAGAAGAAUAUAUUACAGUGACUACACCAAUGAGACAAUUAACUCAAUGGCUGAGGAUGGGUCUAAGCGCACUGUGAUAGCCCACGUUCCAAAGCCAAGAGCAAUUGUAUUGGAUCCUUGUCGAGGGUACAUGUACUGGACUGACUGGAGUACUAAUGCCAAAAUUGAGAGAGCCACACUGGGAGGAAAUUUCCGGAUACCUAUUGUGAACAGCAGCCUGGUCUGGCCCAAUGGACUCACUCUGGACUACGAGAAUGACCUUCUCUACUGGGCAGAUGCCAGUCUGCAGAAGAUUGAGCGGAGCACUCUGAUGGGCACACAGCGUGAGGUCGUUGUCAACAGAGCCUUUCAUCCUUUUAGCUUGACUCUCUAUGGCCAGUAUAUUUAUUGGACUGACUGGAACACAAGAAAAGUUCACCGAGCUAACAAAUAUGAUGGGUCAGGUCAGAUGGCAAUGACCAUGAGUUUUCCCUUCCGGCCUAAUGGUAUUCGUGUUGUUGUGAAGAAUCAACAGCAGUGUAGUAAUCCUUGCAGUGAGUUUAAUGGAGGCUGCAGCCAUAUUUGCGCACCAGGUCCAAAUGGUGCUGAGUGCCAGUGUCCACAUGAGGGCCGCUGGUAUCUGGCCAACAAUCAAAAGCACUGCAUUGUGGAGAACGGGACACGGUGCGAUAGCUCCAAGUUCACCUGCCUCAAUGGGCACUGCAUCUCAGAGCAAUGGAAAUGUGACAACGAUAAUGACUGUGGUGAUGGCAGUGAUGAGCUGGAAAUGGUCUGUGCGUUUCACACCUGCCCUCCGACAGCCUUCACCUGUGACAACGGGCGAUGUGUACAAUAUCACUACCGCUGUGAUCACUACAAUGACUGUGGUGACAACAGUGAUGAGGCAGGGUGCCUGUUCAGGGAAUGUAAUGCCACCUCAGAGUUUACUUGUAGUAACAAAAGGUGUAUCCCUCUUCAGUUUGUCUGCAAUGGCAUAAACAACUGCCAUGAUAAUGACACAUCGGAUGAGAAAAAUUGCUCUGAUCGCACCUGCCUGCCUGGAUAUAUAAAAUGUGAGACUACAAAUAUUUGCAUUCCUCAUUUUUACUUGUGUGACGAAGACAAUGAUUGUGGAGACAUGAGUGAUGAAAACCCUAUUUUCUGUGCUAUUCACACGUGCAACAGUGAGGAGUUUCAAUGCACGUCUGGACGCUGUAUCCCCAGACACUGGUACUGUGAUGAGGAAGGAGACUGUCCUGACGGCUCUGAUGAACCUAGCACUUGUGAGUACCAUGAAGCAACAUGCUUAAGUAAUGAGUUCAAGUGUGACAGUGGGCGGUGCAUUCGAAGAGACUGGAUCUGUGACGGUGAUAAUGACUGUGGGGACAUGAGCGAUGAGGACGAAAGGCACCAUUGCGGUAAUCACAACUGCUCAAGUUCUGAGUUUCUCUGUGCAAAUAACGUGCCUCCAUCCAGGAAGUGCAUUCCCCAGUCCUGGGUAUGUGAUGGUGAUCCGGAUUGUACUGAUGGUUCCGAUGAGCAUCAGAAUUGCACAGGGAGAUCUUGCUCUGGAGAUGAUUUUACCUGCAAUAAUGGACGGUGUAUCCCGCAGUCAUACAGGUGUGACCGGCGCAAUGACUGUGGUGACUACAGUGAUGAGAGGGACUGCUUGUACCCCACCUGCAGUGAGAGCCAGUUUACCUGUCAGAACGGGAUGUGUAUUUAUAAGCAGGAAGUCUGUGAUGGGGAAAAUGACUGUGUAGACGGAUCGGACGAGCUGGAGCACUUGUGCCACACUCCGGAGUCCACUUGUCCCCCUCAUCAGUUCAGGUGUAACAACGGGAACUGCAUCGAUAUGGUCAAAGUCUGCAACCACCUAGAUGACUGCUCAGACAACAGUGAUGAAAAAGGAUGUGGCGUUAAUGAAUGCAACGACCCUAUACUCAGUGGCUGUGACCAAAACUGCACAGACACACUCACCAGUUUCUAUUGCUCUUGCCGUCCUGGUUACAAGCUUCUGUCAGACAAUCGGAGUUGUGAUGAUAUUGAUGAAUGCACGGAGAUGCCCUUUGUAUGUAGCCAGAAGUGUGAGAAUGUAAUAGGCUCCUACAUCUGUAAGUGUGCCCCGGGCUACAUCCGAGAACCAGAUGGAAAGAGCUGCCGGCAGAACAGUAACAUCGAGCCCUACCUCAUUUUUAGCAAUCGUUACUAUUUGAGGAAUCUAACUCUAGAUGGCUAUUAUUACUCCCUCAUUUUGCAAGGACUGGGCAAUGCUGUGGCACUGGAUUUUGACCGGGUAGAAAAGAGACUGUAUUGGAUUGAUGCAGAGAAUAAAGUCAUUGAGAGAAUGUUUCUAAAUAAGACACACAAGGAGACAGUCAUAAGCCACAACCUACCAGCUGCAGAAAGUCUCGCUGUAGACUGGGUUACCAGAAAGCUCUAUUGGGUGGAUGCCUACCUGAAUUGCCUCUCUGUCUCUGACCUUGAUGGUCGAUACCGCCGCAAGUUGGCCGAGCACUGCGUGGAUGUCAACAAUACCUUCUGCUUUGAACAUCCCAGAGGAAUUGCCCUUCACCCUCAAUAUGGGUAUGUCUACUGGGCAGACUGGGCUCACCGAGCAUACAUUGGGAGAGUAGGCAUGGAUGGAAUGAAUAAGUCUGUGAUUAUUUCUACCAAGAUAGAGUGGCCCAAUGGCAUCACCAUUGACUACACCAAUGAUCUACUCUACUGGGCAGAUGCCCACCUGGGUUACAUUGAGUACUCCGAUUUGGAGGGCCGCCAUCGGCAUACCGUGUAUGACGGGACUCUGUCUCACCCCUUUGCGAUUACCAUUUUUGAAGACACUAUUUUUUGGACAGAUUGGAAUACAAGGACAGUGGAAAAGGGAAACAAAUACGAUGGAUCAGGGAGGACUGUCCUGGUGAACACAACACACAAACCGUUUGACAUCCAUGUGUGUCAUCCAUACAGGCAGCCGAUUGUGAACAAUCCCUGUGGCACCAACAAUGGUGGCUGUUCUCAUCUCUGCCUCAUCAAAGCAGGAGGGAAUGGGUUCACCUGUGAGUGUCCAGAUGACUUCCAAACCCUCCAUAUGCACAACCUCGACCUCUGCGUGCCCAAGUGCUCUAGCACCCAAUUCCUGUGUGCUAACAUGGAAAAGUGUAUUCCUAUCUGGUGGAAAUGUGACGGACAGAGAGACUGCUCAGAUGGCUCCGAUGAACCGGUCCUUUGCCCACAGCGCUACUGCCCAUUAGGCCAGUUCCAGUGCCAGGACGGCAACUGUACCAGCUCACACUUCCUAUGCAAUGCGCACCAGGAUUGCCCUGAUGGCUCUGACGAAGACCAGAUUCUUUGUGAGCAUCACCGCUGCGAGUCCAAUGAAUGGCAGUGUGCCAACAAGCGUUGCAUCCCUGAAGCCUGGCGGUGUGACUCGGAGAACGACUGUGGGGACAACUCGGAUGAAGAUGUUUACAACUGUGCCAGCAGGAUCUGCCAGCCAGGCUAUUUCAAGUGUGCCAACAACCACUGCAUCCCCCAGAGCUGGAAGUGUGAUGUGGACAAUGACUGUGGAGACUUCUCAGAUGAGCCAGUGUCUGAAUGCAUGAGCCAUCGCUGUGACAACCAUACAGAAUUCAGCUGUAGGACGAACUACCGCUGUGUCCCACAGUGGGCUGUGUGCAAUGGUUUCGAUGACUGCAGGGACAACAGUGAUGAACAAGGCUGUGAGGAGAGGACGUGCAAACCUUCGGGAGAGUUCCGCUGUAAUAACCAUCACUGCAUCCCUCUUCGCUGGAGAUGUGACAAGCACAAUGACUGUGGAGAUAACUCAGAUGAGGAAAACUGCGUCCCCCGGGAGUGCUCAGAAAGUGAAUUUCGAUGUGAUGAUCAAAGCUGCAUCCCCUCUCGCUGGGUCUGUGACCAUACCAAUGACUGUGGAGACAACUCAGAUGAGCGAGACUGUGAGUUUAAGACCUGCCAACGUGGAUAUUUCCAGUGUCAGAGCGGACACUGUGUGCCUGAACAAUUGAAAUGUGACGGAACCGCGGACUGUCUGGACGCCUCUGACGAAGCCGCCUGUCCCACUCGCUUCCCCAAUGGUGCAUAUUGCGCGGCUACUAUGUUCGAAUGUAAAAACCAUGUUUGUAUCAGAUCAUCGUGGAAAUGUGAUGGAGAUAAUGACUGUGGCGAUGGUUCUGAUGAAGAACUUCACCUGUGCUUGGAUGUUCCCUGUGAUUCACCAUACCGGUUCCGAUGUGACAACAAUCGCUGCAUUUAUAAGCAUGAGCUGUGCAACCAUGUGGAUGACUGUGGAGAUGGGAGCGAUGAGAAAGAGGAGCAGUGUGUACCUUCGACCGCUAGACCUUGUAAAGAAGAUGAAUUUAAGUGUAGCAAUGGACACUGCAUUUCACAACAUCUUGUAUGUGAUGAUGUCGAUGACUGUGGUGACCGUUUUGAUGAAAUUGGUUGCAAUACAGGAAAAGAAAGAUCAUGUGCAGAGAAUCUAUGCGAACACAAUUGUACCCAGUUAAAUGAAGGAGGCUUCAUCUGCUCCUGUAGACCUGGGUUCAGAGUCAGUGCUUUGGACAGACGCUCCUGUAACGACAUCAAUGAAUGUCAGCAAUUUGGGGUUUGUCCCCAGAACUGCCAGAAUACCAAAGGAAGUUAUGAGUGUUCCUGUGCCAAAGGCUUCCUGUCUGUGAGUGACCAGUAUGGAAAACGAUGCGCAGCUGAAGGUAAUCCUCCUUUGUUCCUACUGCCUGAAAAUGUGCGGAUUCGAAAAUAUAAUCUCUCAUCUGAGAAGUUCUCAGAUUAUCUUGAAGGCGAGGAACGUAUUCAGGCCAUUGAUUAUGAUUGGGAUCCCGAGGGCAUAGGCCUCAGUGUUGUAUAUUACACUGUGCUAGGGCAUGGUUCUGAAUAUGGUGCUAUUAAACGUGCCUACAUCCCCAACUUUGAAUCCGGUACUAAUAAUCUUGUGUCAAAGAGUGACCUGAACCUGAAAUACGUAAUGCAGCCAGAUGGAUUAGCAGUGGACUGGGUUGGAAGGCAUAUUUACUGGUCAGAUGCCAGGACUAAACGGAUCCAGGUGGCUGAACUUGAUGGGAGAUACAUAAAGUGGCUGAUUUACACCGAGCUGGAUCAGCCAGCUGCCGUGGUUGUGAAUCCCAAACUAGGGCUUAUGUUCUGGACUGACUGGGGCAAAGAACCUAAAAUUGAGUCUGCCUGGAUGGAUGGACUCCGACGACACGUCCUAGUUAUAGAGGAUCUUGGUUGGCCAACAGGCCUUACUAUUGAUUAUUUGAAUGGUGACCGGAUCUACUGGAGUGACUUCAAGGAGAACAAUAUUGAAAGUAUAAACUAUGAUGGGACUGAUAGGAGAAUCGUUGCAACUACAGUUUCUGCAGCCAUCGAAAGUCCUAUCAACAUGCCCCCUCCAUGCAGGUGUAUGUACGGAGGAAAUUGCUAUUUUGAUGAGAAUGGCCUCCCCAAAUGCAAGUGUCCCAGUGGCUACAUGGGAAAAUAUUGUGAAAUAGGGCUUUCAAAAGGCGUCCCUCCAGGAACAACAGUGGCUGUGCUGUUGACAAUCAUCCUGAUCAUCAUAAUUGGAGCGUUGGCAGCAUUAGGAGUUUUCCACUACAGGAGAACUGGCUCCCUUUUGCCUUCUCUGCCUAAGCUACCAAGCUUAAGUAGUCUAGUUAAAUCCUCUGAAAAUGGAAACGGGGUGACUUUCAGAUCAGGAGCAGAUGUUAACAUGGAUAUUGGAGUGUCUGGUUUUGGGCCCGAGUCUGCUCCUGGCAUUGACCCAUCAGCGGUGAUGAGUGAAGACUUUGCCAUGGAGAUGGGGAAGGAGCCCAUAAUAUUUGAGAACCCCAUGUAUGCAUCCAGGGACAGUGGUGUCAAAGUGGCUCAGCCAACCCAGGUAACUGUAUCUGCCGUAUCUGGAAACGUGGAUAACCAGAACUAUGGAAGUCCCGUAAACCCUUCUGAAAUAGCUCCAGACACAAAGCCAGCUUCCCCAAGUGCUGACCCAACUCAGGCAACAAAAUGGAAUAUCUUCAAACGAAAAUUGAAACCAACGACCAACUUUGAAAAUCCAAUCUAUGCGGAGAUGGAGACCGACCAGAAGGACGGCGCUGCUGUGGCCCCCCCGCCCUCCCCGACCCUUCCUGCUAACAGUUCUCCAAAGAGGGACCCAGUGCCAACCUACACUGCGACCGAAGACACUUUUACAGACACUGCAAACCUCGUUAGAGAAGACUCGGAGGUAUAGCUACGCCAUCUAUUUAGGAAUAAUUAGACACACACUUUUGCACAUAUAUUUUUUACAAACAGAUGAAGAAAAAGUUAACAUUCGGUACUUUAUUAAAAAAUAUAUAUUUUCCCCCAUUUGCCUGUAGUUGGAGGUGUCAAUGGAAACCAUGCCUUGUGUGUCCUUUUUUUUUUUUUACUUAUGUUGUCUCAUAUUUUUACAGAUAAUUAUCACAAUGUACUAUAUGUAUAUCUUUGCACUGAAGCUAUCUGAAGGAAAUGCUAUAAAUAUACUGUACAUUUGUAAAUUUUGGAAAGAUUAUCACAUCAUUAAAUUUGCUGAGAAAAGUAUCUGCUGAA